ACGGGUCCCAGCGACAGAGGGGACGGGAUUUCGAACAGCAACGGGAAGGCUGUACCGUCUCUUCCCGCGACCCCAUGCCCUGCUCCAGCAGGCCGCUCUCUCUGGCGACAGGAGAGGAGCCGCCUCUGCUCGGACAACGGCCUGCCGAGCUCCGCAGGACAUUCACGACAGGGCCCGGGCCGGCAGAGCACCGCAGGGCAGGGCAGAGCCGAGCAUCCGCCCCCUCCCGUCCCCCUGGGGCACCCGUCCGGGCGGCGGAGGCGGUGGUGUACUGCAUGAACGAGGCGGAGCUGGUGGACGUGGCCCUGGCGGUCCUGGCCGAGAAUCUACAGUGCGAGGAAGGUGAGGAGAAGGCCCCGUCGCCGAGUGAAGAGGAGCGGGAGCACCAGGCAACGCCAGCCAAGGCUCCUGGAAGCACAGCCAGUGCGGGGGAAGCCGGCGACCGCGGUCCGGCUCUCCCGUCGCCUCCUGAUACCGGUGCCGGUGCCUAUGCAGAGAGAACGGGCCGGGAGGACACUGAGGAAGAUGCUCUGAAAUACGUCAGGGAGAUCUUUUUCAGCUAACGUUCCCCUCCUCGGAGGCUCCCUGGAGCAAAGGGAACAGUGGAGGGGAAGGUGUCCCCUCCCACAGCCCUCAGGAUGGUGAGAAGAGGGCCUGGAGUGGGCUGUGUAUCUGCCGUGUUGGUGGCCUGUGAAGCUGGUGGGAGGCCCGUGAAGGCUAUGGGGGAAAAGGGGGCACUCACUUCUCCCAGUGUGUGCUGGGUUCACUGGGGUUUGGCUCCAGAUUAGAUUAUGUUCAUUUCUGUUUGGCAUCUCAGAGCAUGGACAGAUUAAAGAGGACGUUUGGGUUUC